AUGAAAGCUUACAUUACUUCAUCUACACAAUAUAUUAAAACUCUUCUUACAUUUUCAAUUGAUCAAGAUUUUGUAGCAAUUCCAGGUUUAGAUUUACCAUUAAAAAUCAAAAUUACAGCUAAAAACAAGAUAUUGUCACAUAAAAAUAUCCAAUUUCCAGGAAUUUACAACUUAGGAUUAACAUGUUAUAUAAAUUCAUCGAUUCAGUUCUUAAACAGUGCAUUACCCUUACGACAAUUGAUAUUUGACCAAGAUCCUACAACAGCUUCAGUCAGUGAUGAACUACAAAAAGUAUUUAUUGAAAUGAAUUCAUCAAACGACCCAAUUAUACUUCGACCAUUCGUCAAAUCGCUUGGUGGCAACAUAUUCAAUGUAAUUGGGAUGGAGCAAGACGCUCACGAGUUCAUUACAAGCUUAUUUGAUAAACUCGACAAUGAAUUAGGCAAAGAGUUUGUUAAAAACAGAGAAGAUGCAUGCAGUGUUGUUGAAAGCCGUGUAUUAGAAUGUCCUGCAGCCAAAAUCAAGAACGAAGUUACAGAAACAUCGAAUGAAAUUCAAGUUACCGUCCAAGGCUUUUCUUCUUUGAUGGAGAGUCUCAGAUUUUCAACAGCUACAGAGAUGCUUGUCGGUGCGAACAAAUGGGAUGCCGGAGAAGGCUUUGGAAAGCAAGAUGCAAAAAGAUACACGAGAUUCAAAAAAUUACCAAAGUUUCUUAUAUUCCAUUUAGUACGGUUUGCAUAUAACAGGCAUUCCCAACGUGUUGAAGAGGUCAGAAGCCAAUUUGACUGUCCAGAAAAAAUUAAUAUGAAAGAAUUCUGUCUUCCCGAGGUAGAAAACACGAAUUACACCCUUGUAAGCGUUAUAGCACACAGAGGAGACCCAAUGAGUGGCCAUUACGUCACUUUCGCACAGCCAGCUUACGACGGAAACUGGUUUUUGUUCAAUGAUUCAGCAGUUUCAAAUGUCACGUUUUCGGAUGUUCAGAAAACAUUUACUGACCAAUCAUCCUUAUACUCGAGUGUCCUUUCUUACAUCGGAAGAACCGAUUUCCUCGCUUACAUUGUCGGUUACAUAAGAAAUGACCAAUUAAAGGCAAAAAUAAAAGUGUCAAACAGAAUUUCUCAAAUUAUGUCAGAUUCUCUAACCACCCGUAUCGUCAAAAGUGACAGUAAUAUUGAGUAUGAUGUAUACAACUCCAAAGGUGAUAUUGUACAAGUCGAGAAAGGCCAAACAAUCAAAGAAAAGUUCCCUGACGAUUCUGACAAAAAUUUCUUCUUUGCUUUACAAAGUACUGAAAACAUGAUCGGCCCUCUCAAUUUGUCAACAGUCAUAUCAUCAUUCCUUGUUCCUAAGACAUACGCGACCAUCUUCAUUAUGGACAAAAACCUCGGAGAAAAGCCUGUUUUCGUUGUCCAAAAUGAAAAAAUCAAAAUUUACAACGGUUUUGACAUCAUUUCAAUUUUCAGUGACAAAAUCAUUUACUACAAUGAUGUUGUCAUCUCAAAUGAUGAUCAGAUAAGAAAAGGAAUGAUUUUGAACGUAGUCGAUAAAGAUGUCACUUUUUCAAUCGAUCAAAAACCGCUAACCGUUUCAUAUGAUACCAGAUAUGAAGAAAUACAGAAGAUGAUCAACAAUGAGCAUCCAGAACGUGUUGUCUUUACUACGAGAAUGAAAAUUCUCAAACCAAAAUAUUAUCCAACUGUUUUGUCACUUCACAAACAAUAUGAUAUACAAAGCAGUUUAUUACCUGAAGGAUUUACUCUUUCUCAGAUUGAUUUGUUCAAGAAGGUCAAUGUGUUCUUUUACGACAAGAAACACAAUGAAAUUCGUAAAAUAUUAUGGCUGAAGAAAGAUGCAACAGUUCAAAACACAAUCGACCAAAUUAAAUUAAUAAUGAAUAUCCAAAAAGGUGACAUUGUUUUAUCAUCAUUUAACAAGUCAGAAAUUCCAUUUAUAUUGAAUCCUGUUAAUUUAUUGAGAGAUCAAACAGUAAGAGCAGACUUUGUUGAUAAAUUCCCUGCUUUGUCUGUUACAGAAACUAUUGGUCAUUUGAAAGAAAAGAAAAGUUAUGUAGAAGUUAGAAAAUCUUCAGGAAAUGGAGUUUUUAGAAACUACGAAACACUCGGUUUUUGUGGAAUUACAAAUAAUAUGAACACACAUAACAUUUGUGAUGAAUUUGGUAUCAGAGAUGCAAAAGAAAUGUUUGUAAGAAGUUAUUCUGAUGGAACAAAGAAAAUUUCAUUCGAUAUUAAAGCUAAAUUUAAUACUGUUUUCCAGGACGUUUCAAAGAAGUUUAA